AUGAUCCCGCUCUUCAAGUCCGGCGGGCGCCUCCGCCCCAGCCCCGCUCCCCGCCGCGGGGACCCGGAGCCGGAAACCUGGCACAAAGAGCGCUUCCGCCCACAACCCUUCUCACUGCCCUUCGCGCCUGAGAGCGAGGCUGACGCGGGCCCGAGCUGCGCACGCACACGAGGCGAAGGCCCGACGGGAAAUAGAGGAGGGGGCGGUGGCCUGAGCGCGCACUCCGUCCCCCGCCCCGCCCCGCCCCGCCGCGCCUCUGGGCGCUGCAGCCUUAGGCCGCCCGCGGUCCUCCCUUCCACCGGAUGGCCCGGGCGGGCCCAUGGAGAGAGGAGCCGGCGCCCGAGGCUGCGGACGGCGGGGCGCGCGCUGCUGGCUGUGCUCCUCAGCUGCCGCGCCUCCUGCGGCUUCCUGGAGGGGCCCCCGGCCCUGGGACGGAGGCCCGGCCUCGAGCAUCUCCCCGUCAAUGAGUCCGGCCCGGGCUUUUGCGAACGGAAAAACGGACUGGGCAGCUCGGUUGAUUCUUGGAGCCUGUCUUCAGAAAGCCUCGUAGGUAUGUUGCCAAUUGAUCCAGUUUAUGAAAAUUAUGUUCGCAAAGUGAGAAACUGUAUUUUUUCUAUUGUUUACCCUACUCCUUUCAAAUCAAGGAUUCAUCUUGUAGCAGUUUCAAAGGAUGUUCUGGAAGAUAUUUUGGACCUUGACCUUUCUGUUUCAAAAACAAAUUAUUUUAUUCAGCUUGUAAGUGGUGAAAAGAUAGUAUCUGGCUCUAUUCCAUUGGCCUAUAGAUAUGGAGGCCAUCAGUUUGGAACUUGGGCAGAUCAGCUUGGGGAUAGAAGAGCCCACCUUAUUGGGAUAUACACAAACAGGUAUGGUGAAAGGUGGGAACUCCAGUUAAAAGGCUCUGGAAAGACCCCAUACUCACGAAAUGGUGAUGGAAGAGCUGUGUUGCGUUCCUCAGUGAGAGAAUUUUUGGCUAGUGAGGCCUUGCACUACCUCGGAAUCCCAACGAGCAGAGCUUUAAGUCUGGUUGUAAGUGAUGAUGAUGUGUGGAGAGAUAAUUUCUACAAUGGAAAUAUUCAGAAAGAAAGAGGUGCAGUAGUUCUGCGCAUUGCAAAAUCAUGGUUCCGCAUUGGAUCAUUAGAAAUUUUGGCUCAUUACGGUGAACUGGAUUUACUCAGGAAGUUAUUAAACUUUGUCAUACAGGAACAUUUUCCAUCAGUAGAUGUGAAGGAUCCCAACAGAUACUUGAAAGAUGAUGACCUGUACUACAAGAUUGCCUCAGCUGCAGAGAUUCUAGAACUUCCUGUUAAACCAAGCCAUGGAUUUUUCUCUAAUGUAGUAUCUGGGACAGCACAUCUUAUUGCCUCAUGGAUGUCUGUGGGAUUUGCUCAUGGUGUUUGCAAUACUGACAACUUCAGUUUGUUAUCUGUUACAAUAGAUUAUGGUCCUUUUGGUUUUAUGGAGGCCUAUGAUCCAAAUUUUGUACCAAAUACAUCUGAUGACGAAAGGAAAUAUAAAAUAGGAAACCAGGCCAAUGUUGGGAUGUUUAAUCUGAACAAGCUGUUACAGGUUUUAAACCCCUUAUUGGAUCCUAGUCAAAAGCAGCUUGCUGCUCAGAUUCUUGUGGGAUAUUCUACUCUGUAUUACACAAGAUUUAAAGAACUUUUCAAAGCCAAAUUGGGUCUCCUUGGUGAAAAGGAGGGUGAUGAUUAUUUGGUUGCAUUUCUACUACAUCUCAUGGAAGAGACAAAAGCUGACUUUACAAUGACAUUUCGGGAGCUCAGUGAGAUAACUCAGGCCCAGCUAAAGGACUUCAAUGUUCCUGAGGAAUUUUGGGCACUAAAAACACUUUCAAGGCAAGAACUGUUUUCUGACUGGGUGACCCUGUACCUUUUGAGAUUGAAGAGUAACAUGAAUGACUCAGAUUCCAGAAGAAGAAAAAGAAUGACAAGUGUCAAUCCUAGAUAUGUGCUGAAGAAUUGGAUGGCAGAAUCUGCUGUGCGAAAAGCAGAAAUGAAUGAUUUUUCAGAGGUUCAUCUUUUACAGCAGGUUCUUCAGUGUCCCUUUCAGAAGCAGUCAGCAGCAGAGAAAGCGGGAUAUUCUUCACCUACCCCUUUAUGGGCAAACGGUCUCAAAGUUAGCUGUUCAUCCUGAUGAAAGCUGGUCUUAAGUAGAAAUAAUUUUUUAACAUUGGACUUUUAAUAUAAUCUGAGAAAUUGUUAAUAAGAAAUUAUAUAUUGCUGAAUCAUAGAUUUUUAUAAUAAUGAAAUAUAAAUUAUUAUAUAUGAGAAGUAAACAUUUACUUAGCCAAAAAAGCUUAAUCCUGAACUCUUCCUACUGAAAAUUGUUCUGAUGUCUGUUUUAAUCAAUAAUGUGGAAAGACUAGCUUCCUUCCAGUAAAUCACCUGAAUUGCUUUUAACAAUGAAGGAAUUUUAAGAUGACCCUUCAGUCAAUUAACAUGGUUUUCUAGGAACUUGUGCUAAAUCCUCAUAGGGGAAUGCAAAGAAUAGUAAAAAAUGACAAAUAUAGUGCUCUCUCUGUAUUAUCUCAUUUGCUGAAACAAAGUAUAAGACACAUCCUUGCCCUCCGAGUCCUUUAGGACUACUCAUAUGGGACUAUUAUUCAGAGCUUUGUACACCUGAGUUGUCACUGUGACUCCUUUCUGCUUAAGAAAAAAAAAAAGCCCAUCUCACAUUACUAAUUGCUUCUACAAAACUCUACAUUAGAUGUCAUAUUUUAGACAACAUUUCAUUUUAUGAUACAAAUGGCUAAUAAGUAGGAUCACUGUGGAUCUCACUGAUAGCUGAACAAUGGCUGUGGUAGAAUUUGUAUUAUGUAAAGUAUUACUAAUGUAAUUAUUGUGAAAUGACA